GAAUCGUCCUCCCUCACCUUAAACAGCACCGACCGCCACCGCGUCACAUAUUGUUUCAGUUCUCCUUACAUUCUAAAACUGAUGUGUUACAUCACAGAAGGCAGCAGCUGAAGAGCAGGGGUAGUGAGUGUUCUCACUUUAUUUCUGACAAUACUUCCUGUUUUUAACAUUUGCUACUCAGAUGCUCUGUACAAAUAGGGACAGCACAAUACCGUGGCUGCUUACCAGUCAGAGACAUUUGUAGCUAACUUGUAAACCUUGUAUUAGUGGACAGACUGAAGAAAACAUCAUCUAUUGUAAAACAGAGUGGUUGUCAUGUUGGGAGAAGCCUUCAUCAGAGUCUUCAGGUACAGGAAAGAGGAUUGUGAUUGUGAUUUCACAAAGGCUCAGGAACGUCCACCACACCCUGCUCCCAAUAUCAUUCUGAACCAAGGUUCAAUGUUAGGAAACAUGGAAGGCCUGGUGCAGUCUGGUCCUAGAGCGACAACCAGGCCCAGUGAUGCCCUCACCAUCCCCAAUAGCCACAGUGACAACUAUGGUGACCUGGAGCUCUAUCGCUCCUGGUGCUGCACCACCUUCUGCAAAGACUACCCUGACCUGCAGCUCAGAGGAGACCAUGUGGGAAACAGGAGUUCAAUGAGCCUGCGGCUGGAGAGUGAGGUGUUCCAAGGGCCACUUCUUCAAUCUCAAGACCUGGGAGAGCUGGAGUCCUUGGAACCCACAGGGCCUGUGGAGCCUGGGGUACGGGUGGAGUCCCAAACCCUGCAGGAUGAGGGUAACCUGGUCAUAGACAGCAGCAUCAUCACCCUGAACAGAGAACCUCUGUCCAACUCUAUGCUGAACGGCUACCUGGAGAGUAAGCUGCUGGAGGUGUACAGACAGCAUAUGCAGGACAGCCUGGCCCGGGGCAGCUCUCCCCUGGUCCAGACCCCUCCCCAGGGCCUGGUACCAGAACCAGUGAAGCAGCUCAGCCAGUAUCUCUGUCAGGACCACGGCCUAGACUCCAGUACGGCCCAGAGCAUCGUCAUCCACUACCUCAGCACCUGCACCGUGGCCAGCUCCAACUUCAGCUCUCCCGACCUGCGCAUCUCCAACCUACGCAUCCCUAACCCUGAGCCCAGGAAGAAGCCCACCUGACUGAAACCAGCAGUAUUUCUACUUUGUCUGCCAACUCUAACGUACUUGACAAUGCUAAAGCAUUCCACUGAAUCUAUACUUGGUGGUCAGUUGUAUUGCAUUCAAGAGGAAAAUUAAAUUGAUGGUUGGGAAGGAGAUCCCCUCAUUUUGUUGAAUUGUUGAAAGAAAUAGCUUUAGAAAAUGCCACAAUGUCCAAAAUAUUUACUACAUAAAUGCAACCAGUUGCUAUAAUGUCAUGCUUGGGUGCCUGAGACAAUGUCAAGCUUUCGAGUUUAAAGACAAAGAGUAGAAAAACAGGGAACUGUGAGCAUAUCUUGUAAAGAAUCUUGUUUCUGCGAAAUUAUUCCUCACAGAUACUGCUGAUUUGAAAUUAUAUUGUUUUAAACACAGACUUACAAAACGCCAAAUAAAAAAGCUAUUUUCCUAUCUUGGUUGUCAAAGCAGGAAAAUAUUGCCACCUGCUGUCAUACAUAAGCAUUGCAUGUUUACUGCAAGUGUCACAUUGCAUUUUGACAAGAAAGCAUAUUACACAACAUCUGUGCCAGAUAAACAUAUUAUGCUGUGCCACAUUUCUAAUGCGUUUUAAUCUUGAAUGCGACUGACUGAAUAAAUAAUAAAUAUUAAUAUGCUAAAGAA